AUGGCUCAACAACGCACACUUAAGUCAUUCGCACCUAUUCAAGGUAUUGCGUCAGACACACGAUUUAGACUAUCACCUGGUGAUGAUGAUAGCAUUAGCAUUGAAGCUGGGGUUGGCCAGGAAGGUGAUCUUGUGCUGGUUGAAGCAAUGAGCGAUACCGGUGCUUAUAAGGAGAUGGAAGAUUUAAACGGUUAUGAUGAAGUUAAUUACGUACUACAUCAUGAUCCUGAUCUUUUUUCAUUAAGUAUACUCCCAACAUGUGAUGGUCUUCAAUUGAAAGAUCAACGUGAAAAUAAAUCGAUUGAUGAACCAAACAAUUCUCAACCUGAACAAUCUAAUAUUGAUGUUAUUUGGCUUGGCGAAGAAGCAAGUAUAUUCUUACCGGAAAUUGUUUUAAAUUUGGCUGUUGAUCAAUGGGCAAAUGAUAAUUACCCGAAAGUGAAAUCAGUUACCAAAAUUGAGACGAAUAAAGAUUUACAAAUACAAGAAUUGAUUGCACAAAACUGUGAUCGUCAGCUCGAUUACCAUGAUGAAAUGAGACGAAUGCAUUCUGCCAAUGGUGUUACUCCUCUAGCUGCAGCACAUGCAAGAGAAGAACGACAGUGCAUCGAGGUCAAAUUAGGCGAUUUAAGUCAACGACUGUCGUACGCUCAAAAAUGCAAAUUAGAACAUCAAGUUGCCGAAGAAAAAUGUGCUCGAAUAGAAAGAAAUUUAGAACGACAAAUGAAAGAUUUAAUUAGACGACAAGAAGCGCUUCAACUACAAGAAGAAGAUAUAUUAGAGGGUUCCUUCUCAGUACAAUCAACAAACUAG